GGAUGAGAAUGAGAUGUUGUGAUGUUGUGGCCAGUGAUCUUAACAUGAGAAUGAGAUGCUCUGGUGAAGAUGGAGAUGAACUAUGAGAUGUUGAAUGAUGGUGUCAGAUCAAAUCUAUAAAUAGGAUCCCUGAUUUGGCGAUUCACUAUGUGUCGUUCGUUCAUGUCCGGAUUAGCAAUGGUCGAUCUCCGGCGAGCUGAGCCGUUCAGCCUGUCAGUCUUGGGCAUGGCCGACACCUGUGUCGUCCUCCAUUGACGGGCUGUCACUCCACGUACGAGCUCAUAAAUAACCAUGGCGCAGAACCACGCUCCUGCACGAUCGAGGUAGCAUGGCGAGGAAGCAAGGAGGACGCGGCCACAUCACGUCCAUGGCGGCAGCGCUCGCCGUGGCCGUGGCGGUCCUCUUCCUGGCCGGGGCGCCGCGCACGGCGCAGGCGGCGGUGAUGGCGGCGUCGGCGGGGAUCGAGGAGGCGUGCCGGGGCGCAGCGGACCGGGACGCGGCGGUGGACUACGAGCACUGCGUGGCGUCCCUCUCCUCCGACGCGGAGGGCCGGGACGCGGCGGACAUGCACGCGCUGGCGGCGGCGGCGACGCGGAUGGCGGUGGAGCACGCGGCGGCCACGGAGGCGCGGAUGGAGGGGCUGGGCGAGGCGGAGGGCAACCCCCGCGCGCGCGCCAGGCUGGGGCGCUGCACGGAGCUCUACGGCGCGGCCGCCGACGUGCUCCGGGACGCGCUGGACAACAUCCGCGCGCGCGUGUACGGGCGCGCCGUGGAGCAGAUCGCGGCCGCGCUGGGCGCCGCCGAGCGGUGCGAGGACGCGUGGAAGGGCGAGGAGGUGGCACGGGGCGGCGGCGGCGUGCCCGUCGCCGGGCACGACAAGGAGUACGGCCGCCUCGCCGUGGUCGCGCUCGGGAUCACCAGCGGCAUCGCGUGAUCGCCGGCAACUCUGCCACGUGGAAGACAUCCGUGCUCGACUGACGUAAAUAAAGUGCAAUGGGAAUAUAAUAAACAAAUAAACCCUUUUUUUCAGCAGAGUGAAUAAAACCCAUGAGUAUCAAAGAAGACGAUCGUGAUAUAAAAUGUAAAAUGUACUUAGGAAAAAGUGAUACGGCUAAUGUCUACUAGGGGAUGCUAUGGGCCGUUCAAUUUCUCCGCUA